AUGGCUGGACAGCGGGCACCAUUGCUGGACAGCAGUCACCAUGGGGAUACAGCAGUCACCACGUCUGGACAGCGGUCACCACGGCUGGACAGCGGUCACCACGGCCGGACAGCGGGUACCACGGCCAGACAACGGGCACCACGGCCGGGCAGUGGGCACCACGACCGGUCAGCGGGCACCACAGGGAGACAGCAGGCACCGCGGGGAGACAGGGCACGACGGCUGGACAGCAGGCUGCACACCAGCCGCUGGUUUUUGAUCGUUCUGGGGUGCUUGAUCCUGGCCGUCCUGACCACCUUCAAGGAGUACGAGACUGUCUCUGGAGACUGGCUGCUCUUGCUGGAAACGUUUGCUAUUUUCAUCUUCGGAGCUGAGUUUGCUUUGAGGAUCUGGGCUGCGGGAUGCUGCUGCCGGUACAAAGGCUGGAGGGGACGGCUCAAGUUCGCCAGGAAGCCCCUGUGCAUGCUGGACAUCUUCGUCCUGAUUGCCUCGGUGCCCGUGGUGGCCGUGGGGAACCAGGGAAACGUCCUGGCCACCUCCCUGCGGAGCCUCCGCUUCCUGCAGAUCCUGCGGAUGCUGCGUAUGGACCGGCGUGGCGGCACCUGGAAGCUCCUGGGCUCGGCCAUCUGUGCCCACAGCAAAGAGCUCAUCACCGCCUGGUACAUCGGGUUCCUCACACUCAUCCUUUCUUCGUUCCUCGUCUACCUGGUGGAGAAGGACGUGCCCGAGGUGGAUGCCCAGGGGGAGGAGAUGAAGGAGGAGUUUGAGACCUAUGCAGACGCCCUGUGGUGGGGUCUGAUCACACUGGCCACCAUUGGCUACGGCGACAAGACGCCCAAAACGUGGGAGGGCCGCCUGAUCGCAGCCACCUUCUCCUUGAUCGGCGUUUCCUUUUUCGCCCUCCCAGCGGGCAUCCUGGGGUCCGGGCUGGCCCUCAAGGUGCAGGAACAGCACCGCCAGAAGCACUUUGAGAAAAGGAGGAAGCCAGCCGCUGAGCUCAUUCAGGCCGCCUGGAGGUACUAUGCUACCAACCCCAACAGGAUCGACCUUGUGGCGACCUGGCGUUUUUAUGAGUCCGUCGUCUCCUUUCCAUUCUUCAGGAAAGAACAGCUAGAGGCAGUGGCCAGCCAAAAGCUGGGUCUCUUGGAUCGGGUUCGCCUUUCUAAUCCUCGUGGUAGCAAUACUAAAGGAAAGCUAUUUACCCCUCUGAAUGUAGAUGCCAUAGAAGAAAGCCCUUCUAAAGAACCAAAGCCUGUCGGCUUAAACAAUAAAGAGCGUUUCCGCACCGCCUUCCGCAUGAAAGCCUACGCUUUCUGGCAGAGCUCUGAAGAUGCAGGGACAGGAGAACCCAUGGCAGAAGACAGGGGCUACGGGAAUGACUUCCUCAUUGAAGACAUGAUCCCCACCCUGAAGGCCGCCAUCCGAGCAGUCAGAAUUCUACAAUUCCGUCUCUAUAAGAAAAAAUUCAAGGAGACCUUGAGGCCUUAUGACGUGAAGGAUGUGAUUGAGCAGUAUUCCGCAGGACACCUCGACAUGCUUUCCAGGAUAAAGUACCUGCAGACCAGAAUUGAUAUGAUUUUCACCCCUGGACCUCCAUCCACACCGAAACACAAGAAGUCUCAGAAGGGGACUGCAUUUACCUACCCAUCCCAGCAAUCUCCCAGGAAUGAACCAUAUGUAGCCAGAGCCUCCACAUCAGAAGUUGAAGACCAAAGCAUGAUGGGGAAAUUUGUAAAAGUUGAAAGACAGGUGCAGGACAUGGGGCGCAAGCUGGACUUCCUGGUGGACAUGCACAUGCAGCACAGGGAGAGGUUGCAGGUCCACGUGGGUGACUCCUACCCCACCAAGGGGCCGGCCUCUCCGGACGCCUUGGACAAGAAGGAGGACACCAGGUACUCUGAUCUGAAAACCAUCAUCUGCAACUAUUCCGAGACGGGCCCCCCCGACCCCCCGUACAGCUUCCACCAGGUUCCUAUUGACAAGGUCGGGCCCUAUGGGUUUUUUGCACAUGACCCUGUGAACCCUCCCCGCGGGGGCCCCAGCUCCGGCAAAGUCCAGGCGGGCCUUUCGUCGGCAGCCACCACAUACGCGGAGAGGCCCACAGUCCUGCCCAUCCUGACUCUUCUCGACUCCCGGGUCAGCUACUGCUCCCAGGCUGAGCUGGCCGGGCCCCUCUCGGACCGCAUCUCGCCCCGGCAAAGAUGCAGCAUCACACGGGACAGCGACACACCGCUGUCCUUCAUGUCCGUCAACCAUGAGGAACUGGAACGGUCUCCAAGUGGCUUCAGCAUCUCCCAGGACAGAGACAUGUUCGGCCCCAGCGGAGGCUCCAGCUGGAUGCGGGAGAAGCGGUACCUGGCCGAGGGGGAGACUGACACUGACACGGACCCCUUUACACCCAGUGGCUCCAUGCCCCUGUCGUCCACGGGGGAGGGCAUCUCUGAGUCAAUAUGGACCCCUUCCAACAAGCCCACUUAGCGGGGUCACUGGCUGGCUCCUCCUUGUAAUGUACACAGACUCUGUAUAGCUCACUAUUCUCUCACCCAAAGCUAACCACUGGGACCACCCGUGGCUGCAUCCGUGCAUGCGUGUGCGUGGGGGCCCCGACGGGGCUGUCACCACUCUUCCUCCUCUGUCACCACAAUGACGCUGCUUCCUGUUCAGCAUGCUUUGCAUGACUUUACACAAUAUAAAUGAUGCCGCCAACCUUUUCCAGGA